GGCGACUCUCGGAUCGUACCUGCCUACGCUCUCUGCUUGCUCUCACCGCUCGCGGACUGUCUCGCGCGCGCACGCCGGAGAUGGCGGCGAUGGCGUGCAGUCGCGCGCAAAUCUUCAGCGACGCCGAGACAGGACCCUACAACGCACUACCACACGCCGGUCGCGAGUACAGCUACGACAGCGAUGACUACGGGAGCAAAUGUUUCUGUUGUCCGUACGGCUACCACAUCGACCUGGAUUUCGUGCGCUACUGCGAGACAUGGCAAGCAGACGCGAGCGAUCGUCUUCAACACGAGCGUCGUCGUCGACGUGCGCGCCACAAGCAGCGCCAGUCCAUGGAGUUCCUGCUCGGUUUACCCGACGAGAACAAGGCCGCGGUGUACCAACCGCCUGCGGAGCCGUCGAAGAAGCCAGUGCCACCGAAGCCACCACCUAAACCUAGUCUCGACAGUAUUCGGCUUAAUCAAGACUGGCAGGAUUCCCUGAGUAAUUUCGAGGAAGCUCUGUCGCAGUCGUAUUCCGGACCAAGCAGUAGUGCCUGUUCCACGCCCAUCAACAAUGUCUAUUUGAGCAGCACCGCUGUCGACAGUAGUCCACCGGUGCAGAACGGCGUGGACUGCGUCAGCAGUCCAAGCAGCAGGACGGAAAUGGUAGCACCGGUACCGCCUCAACGCAACGAGAGCCAUUCGUACCUGCGAAAAGCCGAAGCAACCGGCGCCGCCGCUGCCGCUGCGCCAACGUCGAGUCGGCUGGUGUUGGAGUCAGCGAGCCGUGUCGAGAACGAGAGCAACCGGCCAUGCUUGCAGAGCAUACGCGAGCAGAUGGCUGCGGCCCUCGAGCGCAUGAAGCAGCUCGAGGAGCAGGUCAAGGAGAUACCGCUGCUGCACGUACAGAUGUCCGUCCUGAGGGAGGAGCGGCGAAUUCUACUGAGGCAGCUUGCCAGCCAAAAGAAGCUCAAUCAUCAGCAGCCCCAGCAGACUCCCGUUUCCAAGAGGGACGCCGCAACCUCGUGCGCUGUGGUUACCAGGGACGUGGGCGUCACGCAUCAGCCGAUGAAGUUGCGCGACUCGUCGACGAGCACGCUGCGGGUGCUUAGUGCUCACGCGACCGAGGUGACUUCGAUCGCGCCGGAAGCCAAGCCUCCGAGCUCGACGCAGUCGACGCAGUCGACGCAGUGCUCGCCCCAGGCCCGACUCGCCAAGGCCGUGCAGUCCGAGUCACCGGGGCUCGUUGCGCUCGCCACCAAAUCCACGCAGUACGAGAGUGAGUGCUCGACGGAGCGGUCGAACCUCACCGCCAAGGGAACGCAGUGCAGCGUGGAGACGAGGGAGCGGGGCACGUCGAGCCUCCAACAGCCGAUCGAGAUCAGCAGGCCGAGCGUCGCCAGGAGAAACAAGGAGGUGCAAGCUACCGAGAGUCAGCCCUGGGUGAAGCUGAAAUUGAACGCAGGAGUGAGCGCGAAGCCGAGCGUGUGCGACGUCGCCACCGAAACGUGCGACACGUCGAUCAGCCUCUCAGCGCUACGCCGUCAACAGACACUGGGCGGGGGCAAGUCCGUGAGCACGAGCGUAGGACGCGACCUGGUGCGCACGGUUAGUCGAAGUACCGAAACUUUGACGCCGCGCAGUCGUGACUUCGGCACGUCGCCACGGCGCAAGCUUCUGGUGGACGUAUCGGUGGGCGGCUCUCUGCCGUUCAUAGCUACAAGCACCAAUUACUGCGACGAGUGCAAGCAGAUUAAUAAGAACAAGCAGCAGCAGCAGCAACAGCAACAACAGCACUCCAAGACUGACAAGGGUAAAGGUUACAGUAUGAGGACGAGGAUACCCGUUAUGAGUGCUGACGCGAAAAACGAAAGGCGAUCCAAUCUUAUCAGGCAGGACACGUGGACCGAGAGUUUGGACAAACUUGGUGACGGGUCCCAGAGUUUGAACAAGCAUGCCGAUCGCCAGCAGCAGCAGCAACAGCAGCAGGAACAGCAGUUGACUGCUUCCUCGAAGAAGCGCGAUGGGCAGGUGUCGCAGGACAGCCUUGCUGCUGAGCCCCAAUCCAAGGCGAAAGAGGAAGAAGAGGGCAAGGCCGAAGAACUCGAUGACGCUCUCGUGCGAAGCGUCGUUCUCGACACGCCAAAAGUACCUGCCAAUAAGCCGCCCAUGGAUCUCUCCAAGGAGAUGCGGGCUGCGCUCAAAGUUCUCGAUGACAAUCUCAGGAAAGUGAGCGCGGGCGGUACGCUGCCGAGCAGCGUGAAGAACGCGAGCAACAUCGUGCAGCACGAGUGGUUCAAAGUGUCGAGUACCGCCCAAGCCGAUCCACACAGCGUGGAGUACUAUCUGGACCAAUUCGAGCAGCACUGUUCGUCGCUGCUCGACCACGUGGUCAAUCUAAGGGACUCCAACGGCAACACCGCCAUGCACUACGCGGUCUCGCACGGCAAUUUCGACGUGGUCUCGAUACUGCUGGACUCGAAGGUGUGCGACGUCAACGGCACCAAUCACGCCGGCUACACUCCGGUUAUGCUCGCCGCCCUCGUGCAGCUCAGAAAUUCCACCCACGCGAGUGUCGUCAAGAGGUUGUUCCAGUUGGCCGACGUCAAUGUCCGCGCGAAGCUGCACGGUCAAACGGCCCUAAUGCUCGCGGUGUCGCACGGUCGCAAGGACAUGUCGAAGCUGUUGUUGGACGCGGGGGCGGCGGUGAAUCUGCAGGACGAGGACGGCAGCACGGCUCUGAUGUGCGCCGCGGAGCACGGCCACGCCGACAUCGUGCGGCUGUUGCUGGCGCACUCGGACUGCGACUCGAGCAUCGUCGACGUGGACGGCAGCACGGCAUUGAAGAUCGCGGUCGAAGCCGGCCACGCAGAGGUCGGCAUGCUGCUGUACGCGCACCAGCGCGCCAGCCGUGCGAGCCCCAUGCCGCCGACCGCGCCGAAACUCGGCAGAAGACAGCGAACCAUCUCGGCUCAUCAUAACCAUCACGCGGCGCAGCAGUACUCGGUGCUGUCGAUGUCCGCGCCAGCCAGUCCCGUCGCGACCGCCUCCAGAAAGUUUCACUCGUCGAGCUUGUCGCUCGUCGAAGCGCCCAAGUACUCUCUGUAAAACGGACUUCGUGCGUAAUACGUGCGUGUGUGCCUGAGCGCAUGCGUCUUCGUUGUUUAAAUGUAUGCAAGUCUGCAUGUUUUUUCUCUUGUAGAUAAUUUGUCACGUACAAAGCAAUGCAAAACGGGUUUUAUAGCCUUUUAUCGACGCAAUGGAAAGACACUCAGAUGGUCAAUUUUUUAUAUUCUCGAAAUUUUCACUGCAGUUUACGAUCAAACAGCACUUGGCACUUUGCCUUUGGAGAUUAAAAAUAGUGCAAGACUGUUCAUUGUUUUGUUGAAUCACGGUGUCUACUAUAUAUUUUUCACUUUAGUUUAUUCAAUUCUGAUGAUAAAAUACUGAUGAUUGAACAAUAUUAACAUACAAAUUAUUUACUCAUCUUGCGAGCGGUACAAUGUCAAUAUGUAAAUCAAUGUGUAGCGAGAACUGUUGUGUGUAAGUUGUUAAACUUCUCAACAUUUAUCUUUGUAAAUUUCAAAUAGUUUAAUUGUCGCGUGAAAAAAAAAUUUUAAUUUACUAAGUGGAUUUCUAAGCAAUAAUACACUUGCGCAUCAAUAGUUUUAAAAAAUUUCACAAAUUCUUUUCGUCCUUUCUACGAUGUUAAUUGGGUUCACUCCUCGACAAUUUAUCGGUGCUGUACAAUUUGUACCAGUUUUAUAGGACUCGUUAUUUUGAGUAUAAAAUAUUUUUUGAUAUAAUGUAUAAUGUAGAGAAAUUGCGUAAAAUUUUCACGUGAUAUUUAGAUAAUAUUUUACAUCACGUUAAUUAAAUUAUUACUUUGCAAUGCAUCACAUUAUAUUAUAUUCUUGCAUGUACUUAACGGUUAAUUAGAUAAAAUAUUGUUCGGUGUGAUAAACGGUAUAACUGUGGGUACAACAUAUAAAACGAAUAGAUUUAAAAUAUUAAAAAUGUGAGAGAACUGUCCUAUAAUUGAUCAUCUUGUAAAUUUUGGAAUUUUCGUUUGUUUAUUAUCUAAUUUUGAGUGCAAUUUAUCUCUUGGCUCUGAUGCGCUAACAAUGAAUUAUUUAUUUUUAUCGCAAAUAACACGAAACGGUGAAUGAAUCUGAAAAUGAUCGAUUGUGAUGACAAUAAGUUUUAAUCAAUUUUGGUAAUGCUCCAUUCCUCUGUAAUUUAAUAAUUGAAUGCGAUUAACUCCACGACGAUGGCACCUAUUUUAGUUGUAAUAUAUUUUUAUCCAGCCAGGGUAUAUACAUACGUAGCUCGUGUACCUUUUUUUAGUCUUCUAAGAUACAUAUUAAGAGUGUUAAUACAAAUACCUAGUUGUGUCAUAAUAAAGCGGAAUCAUAUAUUCCGCUAUCUGAAACAAAUUAUUAUCGUAUUUUUUAUCUAAGUUUACACAAUGGAAAUCGAUUACAUUUUUUCGACUUUUAUUCUAUCAUUCUGAGGAACAUAUUAAUACGGUGCAUAUUGUGAUAUAUGCCAAUAUCAUGCAUUUAUAUACACUAUACAUACUAAAAAAUAUAAAACACGA